AUGAAGUCAACAGAAUAUAAAUAUACUACGACUUGGUUGAGACCGAGAUCCAAGAAUCUCUAUCAAAUUAUGCUUGAACAUCAACAGAAGGAUGUAUUUAAUGAGCAAAUAUUGACUGCCUCUUGUCUAUAGACUCCUGCCAAAUAUUAAAAGGACUAAUCUCAAAUUGAGAUCAUCAAUGAAAUAAAUUCCUUUUAACAAAUUUCUAAUCUAGAUAUUGAAAGGCUCAUUAAUCCCCUGCAUUUAUUUGAGUCUUCCAUUUCAGAAAUUCAAAUGAAUGAGUCUGUGUGCAAUCUAGUCAAUUAUUAAAAAAAAGAGAUAACUUAAGAACUAAACAAAUAUCUAACUAAUCUCAGCAUAGUAAAUUUUAUUACCAAAUAUAGAAUACUUGAUUCAGGAUUUGCUUUCAUAAUUAGAUUGCAACAAAAUUAAUCUGUUUAAAUAAUUUUAAACUAAAAUUCUGAAUUAAAAUUCGCAAUUAGACAUUAAUAUCAUAAUAUAGUAUGUGAAUCUACUCAUUCUUAAAGAAUACUUAAGCCAAACACCUUAAAUAUCAUUAAAAACUAAGUCACCAUUGAAAAUGUUGGAGAUUUGUCGAUACCAAUAUGUUUUUACAUACAUUCAUGA